GCCCCGACAAGACAACCUCUUAAAAACAACAAUUCCCCAAUCUUAAAAACUCAAAAACCAAAUACACCACCCCACAUAGAGCGCCCAAACUCAAAAUUUUCACAAAAAAAAACACUCUGAAAAUAUGGCGCCAUAUAAAUAUACACACACAUAUCUCUCUUUCAUUCCAUCUUCUUUCUCUUCCCUUUCAAUACACACACACAGAGGAAAAGGAAGAGAAAGAUAGAGUUAUACUGUGUUUGGUUGACGGUAUAAAUUCAUCGUAAGCAAUGGCAGACCAAGGUAAUUCUGUAAGAGUUACACGAUUGGCGAAGAAAAGGGAAGCAGAAGCAAUGGUUAAGCACUUACAACAACCCAACAAGAAGAGAGUUGUUUUGGCUGAGAUUCAAGAUUUGUCAAAUGUUGGUUUUAAUCAGAUUAAGCCUAAAUGUAAGAAGACUACUAAGAGGAAGGUGAAAAGGUCUGUUACUGAAAAAGAUAAGGAAUUUGAUGUUGAUGCUAAAUUGGAUGAUGACCCUCAGAUGUGUAGUGCUUAUGUUUCUGAUGUAUAUCAUUAUCUUCAUCAAAUGGAGAUUGAGAAAAGGAGAAGACCGUUGCCUGAUUACCUUGAGAAGGUUCAAAAGGAUGUGACUGCAAAUAUGAGAGGGGUUUUGGUGGACUGGCUGGUGGAAGUUGCAGGGGAAUACAAACUUUUAGUGGACACAUUGUACCUUACUGUAUCCUACAUCGAUAGAUUCUUAUCAGUGAAUGUCAUCCCUCGGCAAAGACUUCAGCUUUUGGGUGUUUCUUCAAUGCUCAUCGCUGCGAAGUAUGAGGAAAUUAAGCCUCCACAUGCUAAAGACUUUAGUUACAUUACAGCCAAUACAUUUACAAAGAAAGACGUGGUGAAGAUGGAGGCUAGUGUGUUACAAUCCCUCAAAUUUGAAAUGGGUAAUCCCACAACCAAAACAUUUCUCAGAAGAUUUACUAGGGUUGCCCAAGAAGAUUACAAAAGCCCUGAUUUGCAGUUGGAGUUUCUGGGUUACUACCUAGCAGAGUUAAGUUUAUUGGAUUACAACUGUGUGAAAUUCUUGCCUUCUUUGGUAGCCGCUGCUGUGAUAUUCCUUUCAAGGUUCACAUUACUGCCAAAGUCUCAUCCUUGGAGUCCGGCCCUUCAAAGUUGCUCAGGAUAUAGAGCAGCAGAUAUAAAGGAAUGUGUUCUCAUCAUACAUGACUUGCAAUUAAGUAAAAGAGGAAGCACUUUGGCAGCUGUGAGGGACAAAUACAAGCUGCAUAAGUUCAAAUGUGUGUCGACAUUGUGUUCUCCUCUGGAGAUACCAGAUUCUUUCUUCGAAGAUACAAGUUAAUGAUUACUCGGGUAUAUGCUUGGAAAUUGGAAAGGGACGAUACAAAUGAUACUCUGGAGGAGGUGAACUGCCUUCUUGGUGCUGGCUCAUGCUACUUUGAGGACAUCAUUUUAGCAUAUUUGGUAUAAUCUUUAUGAUGUAUGAAAGUUAUAGGUAACUAGUAAGAUAAUAUUGAAACGAUGUAGCUUGGUUUAAAAGUCUCUGCAUGUUUAGAUUAAAGCCAUGGAUAGCAAAAAUUAUGAUUCUGCGUUGUUGUACUCUUGACAUCUUGUAAUAAGCUGGAAAAAACUCCAGAAUACUUACUAGUUAUAUGAAAAGAUAUGAAUGUACACAGUAUUACCUUCA